AUGCCGCCCUGGAUACAGCACUACGAGCAACAGCAACGCGCAAAGGAAGGGCGAAGGGUCAUGCCGCCCUGGCUGCAUCGUGACCAAGAGGGCAAGGGUGUCAUACCGCCCUGGAACAGCAUCAUCAGCAUCAGCCCCAGCUUCAGCGGGCAGCAGGAACGUGUAAAGGAAGGGCGAGGGUCUAUGCCGCCUAGCAUCAGAAUCAGUAGCAGAGCGCAGCAGCAACAGCAACAGGAACGUGUAAAGUGUUUUUUCAUUCGCAUUUUAGCACUUUUCGUGGCCGGAAAGGUGCAGAGCCUACCGGACCGAGCGGAACCAGCGGGACAGCUGACAACGGUCCCGGAGCGGGUCGAUGGACCGACGGAAUCCACUACAGACGACGUUGCUGCCACGGUCACCGAAGACGAUCUCUCCUUAGUAGAUACCACCACCACCACGCAGCAGAGCAUCAAAACGACGACACAUGAUCGGGUCCUGUUUACCGAUACGCCUGUCAUGGACGCUAUUACGAUCGUAUGGUACCUGGCCACCUUUAUCGCACUGAUAUCGUUCUUCCUGGUGAUGGCCUGUGCCGAUCACAACCGCUGCCGGUCGCGCAAACCAUCGUCCAACGAGCUGACUCCACCGCCGACACCGGCCCCCUCCUACCAUCACUUUGCACCGCCCAGCUACGAUUCGCUCGUGUUCGAGAAGGAUAACGACAGCAUAUUCAUCAUCCCGUACGAUACUCGCAUCGAUGGUGCCCAUCACGCACGGAGCGUUGACGAUCUGGCCAGCAAUCUGGAGUACAUCAUCGAAACACCGACGACGACGGCGGUACGCCAAGCACGAUCGCCCAGCCUGCGGUCAGUGCGUGUUAGUGAUAUUAGCGAAGGAAGUGACGCAGUGUCGGCGGUGAUUGCAGUAUCCAGCACGCCCGCAGUUCAAGAGCAUGACGCUACCGACCGGUGCUACGUCACCGUGCUGUGAAGGUCGUGCGCCAAUCGACAAACGGGCUCUAAAGUGGACAAAUGUCGUGGCUGGUUGAUUGGUUCAAGUGUGUGCAGCAGGGUGUGCCGAUUGAUUCGAGCCCCAAUCGGUUACUACGUAAUGCCUGACGCAAUGAUUCAGUACAAUGAUGAUAGGCUUGUUUGCCCAACGUGGGGAAAUAUGGUGCAGUGAUAGAGGAAAAGGAGUGUAAUCGGCAGCUCGUAAGCUUCCGGGUCACUGCAGGAAGGCUUGCGGUUUACACGCGGUGCUACUGUUGCUGCCCAUGACAAUAUCGAGCCCUUAUAUCGAGAUACACUAUACAGUAAGGUAGUGUAAGCGCGAAUCAACUCGAUCGAUAGUUACUACCGGCAACGGGCUUCAGUGAUAAGUUGUUAUCAAACGUGAUGGUUCGCGAGUGCAGUGAGGGUUCUCAGAAUCUGUGGAUUUGUAAAUAUUUACUAGCUUUGUAAGGUAAUGUUUAUGGACGUUUGAAAUAUAUAGAAUAUGUACUUUUUUAAAAACGAA